AUGUCGGGAAAUGGCGAGACUUCCAAGGCAGAAAUAAUUGUUACAUCUGUUGACAUACCACUAUUCAACGAUUUUGAGCUCGUUCCUCACUCUUCAACGCUCAUUGAACUCUCCAGGUUGUAUCCGGCUCCAUUCAACAAUUCCGAAUCAAAGCGUGGUCCAAAGCGGCCACUGUGGUGA